AUGGGCUAUGAACAAAGAAAUAUGAUGCUGUGGUCGGACUUCGGAGAUGUAACUCUUGUGGCGAACAGGUCAUUGUAUGUGGACUUCACAUCGCCCUACACAGAAUCUGGUGUGUCGAUGCUGGUGCCAAUGAAGGAUAACAAGAAGAAGAAUGCAUGGGUUUUCUUACAGCCCUUGACAUCGGAUCUCUGGAUAACCAGCGGUUGCUUCUUUGUCUCCAUUGGGUUUGUGGUUUGGAUUCUCGAGCAUAGAAUGAACGAUGAUUUCCGUUUCAACCUGCACAUCAAGUCGGCACCAGCUUCUGGUUCUCCUCCUCAACCAUGGUGUUUGCUCAGCGGGAGAAAGUGGUGAGCAAUUUGAUUAGGUUUGUGGUGAUCAUAUGGUGCUUUGUGGUUCUCAUUCUCAUCCAAAGUUACACUGCCAGCUUAACGUCGCUUUUGACAGUGGAGAAACUCCAGCUCACUGUACUGAUCUAAAUGUGCUGUUGAAGAGAAGGG